AUGACAUGUUCUCUUUUAAAGACUUACCCAACAACUACCGGAAAAAUAAUAUUAUUGGUGUAUACUCAUUGCAAAGACAGUGAGUCUACAUAUGGUAUCCACUUAAAUAAUGUGGAGAAACAACUAAAGGAGUUAUUUCGAUCCUGCCAUGAAUUACAAUUGGUUUAUUUGAUGACAUUAGAAAAACAUUUCGUAUUUGAUAUUAUUAAAAAUGAAGAUCAAAGUAUACUUCUUGAAGCACUUAACAUUAAUCUAAGGAUUGGUGAAAUAGUUCAGGCAUUAGAUGUUAAAACUAUGGCUGAACAAUGGAAGGCUAACAUUGCUAUUUGUGAAAAAUACUCUAGUUGUUUUAUAGAUAAAGAUAUUUAUAACAACUGUUCAGAACUUCUAGCUGCCAUGAUUGAAGCAAACAUUAAAACAGCUCUAGAGAAUGAUAAACAAGAGAAAAUUGUUUUGAGAUCAUUGAAAGUGGCCAGUUUCACCAUUAAAAUAUUACUAAAAGUGAGCAAUUUGUUCAAGCAUGGAUCUAAGAAUAAUUAUGAAUGCUUACUACAUAUGUUUAUUAAUACAUUUAUGUGUGACAAUUCCAUUCUUGAAGGAAUCUUGAACAAAUCUUCACAACUAAUAAGCCAAAUGGAUUUACUUAUAUUGAACACGACACAAAGUCUUCUCUCGCAACUGUUACUCGAUGAAAGGUUUUUCAAUUGCAUUCUUCAAUGUGAUAUCAGGAAUGUGAAGGGUGAUAAUCUACUCGGAUAUAUUUUGCUUUUAAUAUCGACCAUCAAGGCUAUCUUACAAAAUAAUGAGGACUACAAAUCAACAUUGUCUAAACCGAGAUUAAUUGAGUGUGUUUUAAACACUGUACGUUUCAGCCAUGUCUUUUUUAAUAUGGGAUUGAGGUUCAAAUUGAAAGAGGACACAGAAUCAUGCGGUUUGGAGCAACAUCUCCUCACUCAUGUAGUAGCGCUGUGUAUGACUUUGAGCCCGGAGGAAUUCGCAGCGGUCGAAAGGAGAUUGUACGACGCUGUGCUGGGAAUCGAUUGCUGUAGCGCGCUGUUCUCUUCCAAUUUGUGGAUGCUUCUAUCCAGGGUUGCCAGCCACCAGUACACAUUAUCCACUGUAACGACUCUAUGUAAAGCAUACGAAAAGUUGGAAACAAACAAUUUAUUUCAUAACUCUCCGCAAGAAGUUCAUUUGGCCAAUACCAUAGCAGGAUUAUUUGAAAAUUUACCAAAUGAAGAUAAAGUUAUGUUCUGCAAACAGAUUGAAAUUAAAAGCGAGAACAGUUUAUUGAGUAUCCUUAAGAUUAAGAACCUACCAAUAAGUAUUAGAACUAAUGUUGAAGACAGUGUCCUUGAAAAACUUUUGGUAGGUCUUAACAAACUAAGCACAGCAGAUCUGAAUGUACAGGAUAUGAAACAAUUGACUGAUAUAAUACGAAUCUCAGCAACCUGCACCUUCAAGGAACCGAACUUUAGCCUCGAGGAAUACAUUACAAAUGCUUGGCUUAAGGCAUGUCCCAGAUUAUUUUUAGAAUUUCCGAGGAAUAUAGAUUCUGGAAUUUACUGGUAUUACGCUUUCGUGGAGGCUUUAGCUUCUUUGACAUCUGUUACAAUUGAUAAAUUUAACGACUUUGAUAACGCUGUAAAAUGGACGAUAGUAGCGAACUACAGUUUCAUCCAUAAGUGCGUUGAAAUACACCAAUACGAUGAUGAUUCGACGUCGAAAAAGAAAACGCAAUCUCAUAGCAAUUUCGAGUUGGACAUUGAUAAUUUGUUCGAAGGCGAAAGUGAAUCAGAUGAGCCGGCGAGUAAAAAGGCUAAGAUGGAUGACAGUGAAGCGGAGGUGAUUAUAAAAAGACUAGAGCACGACUCCUACUCCUUGUCUCAGUGUGGUGAAAUUACCGAUGAAUUGAAAAAGAGGAUAGCGGCUGUAUGUGGGACACUAAGAAACAUAAUU